UUGGGGAUCUGAACUCACAGUGACGUGGCCCUUAGGAGACCUAGAACCAACGCAUGGAUUAGUCUCUCCUUCUACUUGUGGUCUGGUAGUCGUGUGUGGCUGCCCGCCGGCUCGCUAUUUCCUUGAAGGCGGGCGAGCCUGUAAAACAGGGAAGGAAGAAGUCGUAGAAGCUGACCCGGAUCCGUGGCAGGAAGAAGAAGCAGGAAAAAAUCUCAACAUGGAAAAUGUUCCCCAGGAAAGCAAAGGAAGGGAGCAGACCCCAGUGCAGAAUGAAGAAGAAGCUGGCCAUUUGGGAGGUGGUGAAGGCCAGGAGCCUGGAGGAAAUAUUAGAGGGGGUUGGGCUCCACUUGCCCAGGAUUUGAGAAAGGAUAUUCCCAACAGGCUUUUCAAUAACAUUGACAUGAUAGAUGGAGAUGCAGAUGAUAUGGAACGGUUCAUGGAGGAGAUGAGAGAGCUAAGGAGGAAAAUUAGGGAGCUUCAGUUGAGGUACAGUCUGCGCAUUCUUAUAGGAGAUCCCCCUCACCAUGACCAUCAUGAUGAGUUUUGCCUUACGCCUUGAAUGCUGAGGUUAAUAAUUAUAAACCCCCUGCUUCCCAAACUUGCAUUUCCUUGGUGUACUCUUUACUAUGAAUCUUUGGUGUUCUGUUAUUUUUCUGACUGGAGAUUUUGUUUUGACUUAGUCUGUAAGUUUUUUUGUCAGCAGGGGAGUUCCAUCAACUUGAAUGGAAAGAUGUUUAUUACAUAUUGUAAAGUUAAUAAAGCAGUUUA